GGAGGGAGGGGAGAGAAUAUGCUUGAUUUUUCACAGUAAACACAUUAAUCCUCAACCAUCAGAAGUCUGCGUCCCUCCCAAGGUGAUCAGAAGAAUGAAGGUUGAUAUUCAUAAUCAUAUUUUGCCAAAGGAAUGGCCUGAUUUGGAAAAGAGGUAUGGAUAUAAAGGAUUUGUCCAGCUUCAUCAUCACUGCAAGGGAGAAGCAAAGAUGAUAAAAGAUAGAAAGGUUUUCAGAGUGAUUCAAGAAAACUGCUGGGAUGCAAAUGCUCGUAUACAAGACAUGGAUCUACAUGGUGUAACGGUUCAAGCCCUGUCUACUGUUCCUGUCAUGUUCAGUUACUGGGCCAAACCUCAUGACACUUUGGAUCUCUGUGUCCUCUUGAAUAAUGAUUUGGCCCAGACAGUGUGUCACCAUCCUAAGAGGUUUGUGGGACUUGGGACGCUGCCCAUGCAAGCCCCUGAUCUAGCCAUAUUAGAGAUGAGGCGCUGCGUGAAGGAACUGGGCUUUCCUGGGGUCCAGAUUGGGUCACAUAUCAACAACUGGAAUCUGAAUGCACCUGAACUCUCUCCCUUCUAUGCUGCAGCUGAGGAGCUGGAGUGCUCCAUAUUUGUCCACCCCUGGGACAUGCAGACAGAUGGGAGGAUGGCUAAGUAUUGGCUGCCCUGGUUGGUGGGCAUGCCUUCAGAGACAACCGUGGCUAUCUGUUCGAUGAUAUUUGGAGGAGUCUUUGAGAGAUUUCCCAAGCUGAAGGUCUGCUUUGCUCAUGGAGGUGGCUCAUUCCCUUUUACAAUUGGAAGGAUUGAACAUGGCCACAAAGUUCGGCCAGACCUUUGUGCGGUGGACAACAAGAUUAAUCCAAAAAAAUACCUUGGAUCUUUCUACACAGACUCCUUAGUGCAUGAUCCCAUUGCCCUGAAGAUGCUCACUGAUGUUAUUGGAAAGGAUAAAGUGAUGCUGGGAACAGAUUAUCCUUUCCCUCUGGGUGAGCUGGAGCCUGGAUCACUGAUUGAGUCAAUGGAUGAAUUUGAUGACGUGCUGAAGGAUAAACUGCUUGCUGGAAAUGCAAUGGAAUUCUUGGGCCUGACAAGAGAGCUGUUUCAGCAACAUGAUAAUAAUAGAGAUUAAAUCAAAAAAAGAAAAAAAAUCUGACUGAAAAUUUUUCAUGCCAAAAUCAUAAGC